AAAUAAGAGGAGGACAUCUGUCAAGUUUAAUGUAGUGACCUGUGCGAGGUUUAGGAUUUGGAAGAACAGCUCCUGAGAUGGCUUUGAAAUUUAAAGAGUUCUAGUCCAAGAGCAGCUCAGCUUUUCUGUAGUCAAGAUGGCCCUACCUAGCAAAGGGGAGAGACCCAUUGUUCCAUUGCAGUAGCUGUGAGCUCUUAUGCUUCCUGGGUCCCUUCUGUGUAUAGGAUAGUUGGAAUGAUCAGGCUAUGAAGAGUAGAUGUGAUCAGAUAGUCCUGUUCUUGGAAGGACCUUGGAAAGGCUCUCCAAUUUAUUCGUUUGUUGCUGGGCAAGAUUGUAAUAAUUUUGGUGGUGGCCUAGAUUCAUUACAAGCAUAUAAGAGCAGAAACAGGAGAGUUGGAGAAGUGCAUUGGGAUUUGGAAUACUUAUAGUCCCCUCUGCUUGAAGGAUAAGGUGAAUGAUCUUUUCCCAUGAAAUCUAACUUUGCCACUGAUCUUUGAACUGUUUCCCUAGGUUAUUGUGAGAAGUUUUUGUGCCAGGCCUGCACUCAGUUCUAAUCUGAUACCUUGCUAGAGUUUUCAGCUGUCCUUUACAUUUAGUGAUUUUAAUGCUUCAGUUCUAAAGUCCAUGUACUCUUUUGGUGGGAAGACUGGGGAUGGAGUAGCACUUGAUUUACUGCAGUUUAGCCAAAGAAUGUCAUUUUUCUAACCGGUUACUCUAAAAUUUGUCUUUUGAGGGGGAGGGAAUUUAGCUAAUCUGUCUUAGACAUGUAGUCUGAGUGAUUAAAAAUGACUAGCACACUAGAGGGUAUUCCGUUUUGUGGAAUGAAUGGAUGCUAGAGUGAAUGAAUGGAAAGUGGGAGCAUUGUUUCAUUUACCUGUAAUAUCACAAUAGUUCAUCAGUGGCAGGACUUCUUGUAUGACUAGACACUAGAAAUCAUACCACUGGGGAAUGGAGGCUGCUGCUCCAUUCCAGUGGGCCUAUCUGAGGUUGAAAUUUAUACCCUCUUGGCAGUGACAAGGCAUAGGGUUCAGAGUAACAAAAUCCUUACUUUGAGGAGGCAGUCUGUCUGCUGUCUGGGGAAGAAAAUUACAAAGAUCCUGUAGUGUGAGAAUGAUUAGGCUGAUCACUGCCUGAUAAGGUGAGACCAAGUCGGGGAUGCUCUCAUAAUGAACCUUAACCAGUCAGCUCCACCUGUGCCGCCGUUUGGGCAGCCCCAGCCUGCCUACCUAGGGCAUCAUCAAUCCAGCUAUGGUGGGCAGCCAGGGUCCACAACCGCCCCCACUUCCUAUGGAGCCUACAAUGGCCCAGUACCAGGCUAUCAGCAAACCCCUCCCCCAGGUGUUUCAAGAGCCCCACCUUCUUCAGGGGCACCUCCAGCCUCGACAGCACAGGGCCCUUGUGGCCAGACUGCAUAUGGCCAGUUUGGACAAGGAGAUGUACAGAAUGGGCCAAGCUCCACUGUUCAGAUGCAGAGGCUCCCUGGGUAUCAGCCAUUUGGGUCAGCCGUAUUGGCCCCUGUGGUCAGCCAGCCAGCUGUGCUUCAGCCCUAUGGCCCUCCCCCAACAAGCGCACAGGUGACUGCUCAGCUGGCCGGAAUGCAGAUCAGUGGUGCUGUGGCCCCAGCCUCUCCACCUUCAGGGCUAGGCUAUGGCCCACCAACAUCGCUGGCCUCAGCCUCAGGAAGUUUCCCUAACUCUGGUCUGUAUGGCUCCUAUCCUCAGGGCCAAGCUCCUCCCCUUGGCCAGGCCCAGGGUCAUCCUGGGGCCCAGCCUCCCCAGCGAUCUGUCCCACCACAGGCCUCCAGCUUCACACCCCCAGCUUCAGGGGGUCCUCGGAUGCCUUCGAUGACUGGUCCUCUCUUGCCUGGACAGAGUUUUGGGGGGCCCCCAGUGAGCCAGCCCAACCAUGUGUCCUCACCUGCUCCUCAAGUUCUGCCCCCUGGCACCCAAAUGACUGGGCCCCCAGGACCACCACCACCACCUAUGCACUCCUCCCAGCAGCCAGGCUAUCAGCUGCAACAAAAUGGUUCCUAUGGACCAACCCGGGGCCCUCAGUCCAAUUAUGGAAGUCCCUACCCAGGAGCAGCCGCUUUUGGAAGUCAGCCUGGGCCUCCUCAACCAUUGCCUCCUAAGCGCCUGGACCCUGAUGCCAUCCCGAGCCCUCAACUCAAUGAGCUGCCUCCUCAGCAGAAAACCAGGCACAGAAUAGACCCUGAUGCCAUUCCUAGUCCAAUUCAGGUUAUUGAGGAUGACAGGAACAACCGGGGUUCAGAGCCAUUUGUUACUGGAGUACGGGGCCAGGUGCCACCCUUAGUCACCACCAACUUCCUCGUGAAAGACCAAGGGAAUGCAAGUCCCCGAUAUAUCCGAUGCACAUCCUAUAAUAUCCCUUGCACAUCUGACAUGGCUAAGCAGGCUCAGGUGCCCCUGGCAGCUGUCAUCAAGCCGCUGGCAAGGCUGCCCCCAGAGGAGGCUUCACCGUAUGUCGUCGACCACGGGGAAUCUGGCCCUUUGCGCUGCAAUCGCUGCAAAGCAUACAUGUGCCCUUUCAUGCAGUUCGUUGAGGGAGGGAGGCGCUUCCAGUGCUGCUUUUGCAGCUGUAUCAACGAUGUUCCCCCCCAGUAUUUUCAACAUCUGGAUCAUACCGGCAAACGUGUGGAUGCUUAUGACCGUCCUGAGCUGUCCCUGGGUUCUUAUGAAUUCUUGGCCACUGUAGAUUACUGCAAGAACAAUAAGUUCCCCAGCCCUCCUGCCUUCAUCUUCAUGAUUGACGUCUCCUACAAUGCCAUCAGGAGUGGUCUUGUUAGGCUCCUCUGUGAGGAGCUCAAGUCACUGUUAGACUUCCUGCCUAGGGAGGGCGGGGCAGAAGAGUCAGCAGUCCGCGUUGGCUUUGUCACCUAUAAUAAGGUGCUCCACUUCUACAAUGUGAAGAGCUCAUUGGCCCAGCCACAGAUGAUGGUUGUAUCUGACGUGGGUGACAUGUUUGUGCCACUGCUGGAUGGCUUCCUGGUCAAUGUCAAUGAGUCUCAAGCAGUCAUCACCAGCUUAUUGGAUCAGAUUCCAGAAAUGUUUGCAGACACAAGGGAGACAGAGACAGUAUUUGCCCCAGUUAUCCAGGCUGGGAUGGAGGCUCUGAAGGCUGCUGAGUGUGCAGGGAAGCUCUUUCUGUUCCACACCUCCCUGCCCAUUGCAGAGGCCCCAGGGAAACUGAAGAACAGAGACGACAGGAAGUUGAUCAACACAGACAAGGAGAAGACUCUGUUCCAGCCUCAGACAGGUGCCUAUCAGACCCUGGCCAAAGAGUGUGUGGCCCAAGGCUGCUGCGUAGACCUCUUCCUCUUCCCUAACCAGUAUGUGGAUGUGGCCACGCUCUCUGUUGUACCCCAGCUCACUGGUGGCUCUGUCUAUAAAUACGCUUGCUUUCAGGUGGAAAAUGACCAGGAGCGGUUCCUGAGUGACCUGCGUCGGGAUGUACAGAAGGUCGUUGGCUUUGAUGCUGUGAUGCGGGUCCGGACAAGCACUGGUAUCCGUGCUGUAGAUUUCUUUGGGGCUUUCUACAUGAGCAACACAACAGAUGUGGAGCUGGCUGGGCUGGAUGGGGACAAGACGGUGACUGUGGAGUUCAAGCAUGACGAUCGGCUCAAUGAAGAGAGUGGAGCCCUCCUGCAGUGUGCCCUGCUCUACACCAGCUGUGCAGGGCAGCGACGGCUCCGCAUCCACAACCUCGCCCUCAACUGCUGCACUCAGCUGGCUGAUCUGUAUCGAAACUGUGAGACUGACACGCUCAUCAACUACAUGGCCAAGUUUGCAUACCGGGGGGUCCUGAACAGCCCUGUGAAGACUGUUCGUGACACUCUCAUCACUCAGUGUGCCCAGAUCCUGGCCUGUUACAGAAAGAACUGUGCCAGCCCCUCCUCUGCAGGACAGUUGAUCCUUCCUGAGUGCAUGAAGCUACUCCCAGUUUACCUGAACUGUGUAUUGAAGAGUGAUGUCCUGCAGCCUGGAGCUGAAGUCACAACUGAUGACCGGGCCUAUGUCCGACAGCUGGUUACCUCCAUGGAUGUGGCUGAGACCAAUGUCUUCUUCUAUCCUCGGCUCCUACCGUUGACAAAGUCUCCCAUUGAGAAUACCACUGAACCACCAGCAGUUCGAGCAUCUGACGAGCGUCUAAGCAACGGGGAUAUAUAUUUGCUGGAGAAUGGGCUCAACCUGUUCCUCUGGGUGGGAGCAAGUGUCCAGCAGGGUGUUGUCCAGAGCCUCUUCGGUGUCUCCUCCUUCAGUCAGAUCACCAGUGGCUUGAGUGUUCUGCCAGUUCUGGAUAAUCUGCUGUCCAAGAAGGUGCGAGGCCUCAUUGACAGUUUGAGGGCACAGAGAUCACGGUACAUGAAGCUUAUUGUGGUGAAACAAGAGGACAAGCUGGAGACACUGUUCAAACACUUCCUGGUGGAAGACAAGAGCCUGAGUGGCGGAGCAUCCUAUGUGGACUUUCUCUGUCAUAUGCACAAGGAGAUUCGGCAGCUACUGAGCUAGAGCAUGUGGGUAAACAAUAUAGGGUCCAGGCCAGCUUCCAGAAAAUACCCCAGGACAGCAGAGAAAUUGGGACAGUUCCAUACAUUGUAAGUCAUAUAAGCUGACCUCAGUCUCUUUGGGGGGAGGGGGAGGUAUAAGGAGACACCUUCUUUCUGGGCUCAAGUAUCCUACCACUCUGUCAUGUCCUGCUGUUGGAAGGUGCCCCUAUCCCCUCACUUUACCCUCAUUUUCCUGCUAAUCCUGUCGUAAUGAAUGUAGUUUCUCAGUUCACUGUAUAUGAUUUGGUGAUGGGGGAUUUGGAGCCAGACCCUGAUUAAUAUUAUGUGUCCCUUUGGACCAGCCUCCAAGAAGAGAAGGGCAGGCAGGAAGGAGUGAGGAUCCCAGGGUUAUUACAGGGGGAGGGGCUGCUAAUUCAGCUCAUUGUCAUCAACAACUUCCUAUAUUAGGGAUAAACAUACAUACAGGUGCACAAGAGCUGGGGUAUAGACCAUAGAUGGUAGAGAGAAAAGUGGUCAGUCUUCUUGGGCCUGGAAGUCAACAGCCAACUCAGAGUGACUGAGGGUGGUUGAUUAGCUUUCUUGCUCUGCUUCCACUGAUCUUUCUCUCUCCUGAAAUGACUGGUGAUCACUUGGUGAAGAGGCACGUAAUCAGAAAUGAAUGAGCGUGAGAACAGAGUUGCAAAGUAUAUUAAGACCUGGUAGUGGUAUCAGCCUCCUUUCCAGCUGGAGAGGCCCCAACACUGGAUGGUUCUGUAGGGAGCCUGGUCAUCAACUUGCAAUACCUCACAGAGCCAGCCCACAUCCCACUCUGAGCUCCCGCUGGAAGCACUGCUCUCCAAGCUGGAGGUUGUUGGGGAGAGAGGCAGAGGUGGCUAGUCUCUCCUGCUAGGACACCACUCAGGCUUUCGUACUGACAGAGUGGCUGACAGUUAUCUUCCAACCCCACCUGGCUGGGGCAGGACAAGGGCUAGGCUUGAUGGUGGCCAGGCUUGCCUGCUCCCAGCCCGGGACGCCCCUGCUCUGGACCUCUCAUUUCUCUUCGUUGGUUUAUUUUUCAAUGCAUCUUUAAUUUGUAAAGAAAUAAAAUAAAUUAAGAUGUAACCAGCA